GCCUGGCCAAGAGUCAGCCGCGAGGAGUGUAGGAGACACCCCGGGGCUCCAGAAAGGAGGGCCAGCGUGACUGAGGUGAAGCCAUGUGGCAGCUGCUGAUCCCGCUGGCCCUGUGGCUGGGCACGGCACACUUCGGCAGGGCCGAGCUCACGGCGGCCCAGCACCAGGGCCUGCAAGUGGCCCUGGAGGAAUUCCACAAGCACCCGCGUGUUCAGUGGGCCUUCCAGGAGACCAGUGUGGACAGUGCCACGGAAAAGCUCUUCCCAGCGGGGACCUUUGUGAGGCUGGAAUUUAAACUCCAGCAGACGAGCUGCCAGAAGAAGGACUGGAAGAAAGCCGAGUGCCGAGUCAAGGCCCACGGGAGGAAGCGGAAAUGCCUGGCCUGCAUCAAGCUGGACUCGAAGGAUAAAGUCCUGGGCCGGAUGGUCCACUGCCCCAUAGAGACACAGGUUCAACUGGAGCUUGAGGAGCACCUGGAGGCUCAGUGCAGCAGGGUGGAGCGGGCCAGCGAGGACCCCCGCAGCUACUACUUCCCUGGGACAGUUUGCCUUCUCCAGGGCCUGCCCCCCAGCUGAGGCCCCACUGGUAGGUGGCCAGGAGGGAGG